UUCCCAAGCAUCGACCGCGCGGGCUUUUGACCGACUCGUGAUAUCAGGACGUCGCGACGUCCGUCGUGUUCACGAUUCGAUAACAGUCAUUUUUCAUUUUUUUUUUUUUUGUUUUUUUUUUCUGUUUUAAUUUAAUUAAAUAGUGUUUAGAGGGGGAAAAAAAAAAUUUUUUUCUCUUCAAAAAAAAAAAUAAAUCUUAAAGGAUUGUUUGUGUGCAACGAAUGUUAGUGAGAGCGAAUACAAAAUGCCGUUGACUUGUUGGGAGAAAAUUACAAUUGUUGUAGUGGCAGCGGUGGGACUACGAAUAUUAAUAAGGGCCAGUGUUUUAGCAUGGAAAAAAUUAAUUGCACCCGGUCUUGGAUUAGGUAUUGAUGUGGCAUCACAGGGUAAAUGGGCAUUAAUUACUGGGGCAACUGACGGUCUUGGGAAAGCUUAUGCAAAGGCUCUAGCCAAUAAGGGACUCGACAUUAUUCUCGUGUCGAGAUCCAUGGACCGUUUAAAGGAAGCUGCAUCGGAAAUUAAACAAGCCUAUGGGGUCGAAACGCGGGUCAUUGAAGCCGAUUUAACUGAGGGUCAGGCAGUCUACAAUAAAAUUGGCAAAGCCAUUGAGGAUCUCGAGGUGGGAGUAUUGGUGAAUAAUGCAGGAAGAAGUUACGAUCAUCCCGAGUUGUUUACUCAGGUUCCCGAGGAGACGUUGGCUAAAAUAUUGCAAUUAAAUGUUGCUGGUGUAACGGGAGUCGCAAGAGCUGUUCUUCCGGGAAUGAUGGAAAGAAGAAGUGGAAUUGUCAUUAAUAUUAGUUCAACUGUUGCUGCAAUUCCAAGUCCCUAUUUAUCAGUUUAUGCAGCCAGUAAAGCUUAUGUUGCUAAAUUGAGUGCAGAUCUUGCUGCGGAAGCUGCUCCCAGGGGAGUGACAGUUCAAUGUGUUUUGCCUGGACCAGUGGCUACCAAAAUGGCCAAAAUUAAGAGAGCAACGUGGAUGGCGCCAACACCUGAGAAAUUUGUCGAAGCACAAUUAAAGACAAUUGGCAUUGAAUCAAGAACAACGGGUUAUCCACCACAUUGUUUAAUUGUGGGAUUUAUGAGUGCACUGCAAUGUAUUUGCGAAAAGGGCGCAGUGUGGUUGGUCGUAAGAACAAUGCUCAAUGUACGUGGUAGAGCCAUUAGAAAGAAGAUCAAGGAUCAAGAAGAGGAAGUGAGUGAUGUACCUGAACGAGCUAGUGCAUCAUGAUUAUUAUACAAAUAGUGAAAAAAAAAAUUAUAUAUAUAUAUUCAAAAUUGCCAUAUUUUUAGUAUAUAACAAUAAUAUAUAAAUAUAUAUAUAUAUACUUAUUAUUUUCCUAGAAAGACUGCUACUUACGUUAUAUAUAUAUGUAUAUUUUUCUUCAAAACUAAUAAUAUAGAAAUAAAUAUUUCUUUUUUAAA